AUGAAGAUCAUCAUCGGCGAUUCCAAUGCUCAAGUCGGCCAGCAGGAGGAACACAAACCAGUGAUUGGAGAGUUCAGCGUAUACCAGCUGGCUAAUGAAAUGGGUCUUAGACUUAUCGCCUUUGCCAUCUCCAAGAACAUGGUCGUUAUGAAAAUGUCGGCAUGCAAACUGUUGUUUGUGGUGGUGCUGUCCUGUGUGCUACUAUGCUGUCAUACUUCGAAUGCUGGACCAGCACGUCAAUUGGCCAGUUUAGCGGUCAGAGCAUCCAAGAUACCUCGUUCGAUUAGGGCACCGUUUCGGAACUCGGAAAUGAUGACCGCCAGAGGGUUCGGUAAAAGGCGCGUUCCAAUUGGGGCCAACGUUGGGGGAAGCAGUGUAAGUAGCGGAGCCACCGAUGAGACGCCCUGGAUAUAUGAUAAGCGAGAGACGGCUAAACUUUUCGAGCAGCUGCUGGGCGAGAACAAUCCAGACUCGGGGCAGCAGAUAACCGGAGAACAGGAAAGUUUCCCACUGGAAUGGUUUGCUAAUGAGAUGUCCACGAAUCCGGCGCUGGCCCGUACAAUCCUGCAGCACUUUGUCGAUUCCAACAAGGACGGUUUGCUAACUACGAAUGAACUGAUCAGUUCGAGCAAUGGCAAUGAUAUGUUUUAAUCUUGUUUACUAUGCAUCGUUGUCACUUUGACUGUUGUUGCUCUUUCAAUCCCACCGUGCGUGCACAGGACGACAAAGCCAGCGGGGCACUUUUAUCCAAAAAUUACUGAAUUUAAAUCUGGACAGUAUAUGUUAAGGUGGCUGAUUGUCCAAAAUAGUGUAACUGUAAUAUAAGUAUGAAUAAUUGCUCUUCUGCAGUGACGAUUUUUUUGAAUUGUUGAUCUAGAAAAUGUAAGGAAAUGCUUUAGUGCUUAUCGCUAGAAAAGAUUUCUGUUGUGAUUUAGAAUACUCUAUAUGUAGAUCCUGUUUCAAAGUUGAGCUCUAAAGUCACGAUGCAAGCAUUAUAGAUAUCUUUGGUGAAAAAGUUCUAGGUAGGAGAUAUCUUGGAAAUAGCCGGUCACGGCUGGAUACCGAGCUAUUUCAAAGAUUUCGGUUACCUGUAAUUUUUGUUAAAAAAACUCGUGAAACUUAAUCGUGUUCGGUUCGGAAAGCAAAAUUUUAGUACAAGUUUAGGAAAUAAUUGUAAUAUUGUAUGAUGAAUGCUACUUUAAUGGAAUGCUAGCAAAUGGAGAGAACGCUACCUUAAACAAAAUCAGAGAUAUCAAAUCAAAAUACUGUAAUAUAUACAUAACUGAAUAACAAAGCAAAGUUAUAUUAUGCAAGGAAUACAUAUAAA